AUUUUAUUUUUUCCUUAAUUUUAACGGAAUUUCAAACAUUUCCAUAAACUGUUGGAACUUAUGUGUUGUUUGGCCCUCAAUUUUAACCGAAUUUUGACAUUUCCACAAAUCAGUUAGUUGAAUUAGUUUCUAGUACUUUCUACUCCACAGAGCUGUAACAAUGGUAUCCAAAUCACCACCACCUCCGCCACCGUCGCCGUCGUUGCUCCGCCGCAUCAUAGAUUUCGACACCGCCAUCUCCCACCGUCUCUACACUCUAACUCACCCAAUCCUCCCUUACUACUUCCUCAAAACUCUAGAAAUCUCCGGCGAUGGCUUCCUCUUCUUCCCAUUAAUCCUCUCACUACUCCUUUACCCUCUCGCUUUCUCCAACACCGUCAAUUCCAAUGUACUCCUAAUCAACCUCCUCAUCGGUGGCGUUAUCGAUCUUCUCUUAAUCGGACCCCUCAAACACUUCAUUCGGAGGGCCCGACCCGUUUAUAAUAAGAACAUGUUUGUUUCAUUUUCCGUUGAUAAUUGGUCUUUUCCUAGUGGACAUUCUUCUAGGGUUUCGAUGAUUGCUACGAUUUUGUAUCUUUACUUUGAUUUAAUUGAGGAGUUUUUGGCUCAGAACGAGAAUGAUUUAUUUGUGGAUUAUUUUAUGGUUAUAGUGAUUGGAUGGGCUGCGACGACGGCGUUUUCUAGGGUGCUUCUUGGAAGGCAUUUCGUGUUUGAUGUUGUUGCUGGUGUAUUGUUGGGUGUUGUUGAAGGGAUUUUUGUGUUUCGGGUUUUCGAUUAUGCGACGUUGACCUCAUUAUUCAACAUGGCAAAGUUCACCAACAUACCCAGUGUAUUCCCAUAAGUGGAGUUUGGGGAGGGCAGAGUGUAGCAGACCUUACGCUUACCUCAUGGAGAUGUUUCUAAAAGACGCUCAGCUCAAGCACAAAUAAUAUGACAGUUAGCUAGACGAUACUGUAUAGAAUAAGGCAUGGCAAAUAAUCAUAGCAAAUAGAGAAAGCGUAACAGGUCGUAUGGAGCAGAAUAAUAUGUGAUAAAUGAAGCACAAGGAUGUGCUUUACUUUGUUAAAAGACAAAUUAUUGAGUAUUAGAAUGAGACAGGUGCAAACAUCGAAAUGGUUAUUGUUGAGACUUCAUGGAGCUGGCUCCGACUAGUUAGGGAUUGAGGCGAAAUAGUAUUUGAUUUUGUUGUAUAUUGCUAUGUUGUUUGUUGCUAGAACUUACCAGUGACACUGACCUCAUUCUUGUGUUGGCAAAGUUGUAGCUUUGUUCGUUUCUGGUUCAUGAUUGUGGACGUAAAAUUGAGAUGAAUUUUAGCAAUUUGUUUCGUUCUUUCAUGUCAUAUUAAGCUUUAUUGAAUUUUCUGGAACUAUCAUGAAGAUGAUUAGCUUCAAUAAUGUGAUUGAUUCAUGCUUGUUGGAAUCAAUGCACUUGCAUUCACUUAGUGCACAUCAUGCUUGUGUUCUUGCAAUCCUAACUUAUUGGAACUCUAGAUAUGGAUGAAAGGAGCCAGCUUAAAUUCAUGACAGUGCUUCGAGCUCCAUGGACUGUUGGUGUGAUAUAGGUUGAUUGGAAGUGUUAAAAGGGAUGAUGUAAACCUGUAUGUCAUGGAAUUUGCAGAUCCUUUGAUGAAAAGGAAAGGUGUUGAUAUUAUGUUUCUCCUACUGAUCAAAAAAAGGAAUUACUUUCUUCAUUUCAAUUUAUGGGAACCUAUUUGACGGUGGACGGAGUUUACGAAAGGAUAGAAGUUUUUUGU